UCAGAGCAGCUUCAGAUGCCUCAUUGAUAGUUAUUGCACAGGGACAGGCGGUGCUGACAGUGCUCUGCCAAGACUCCUCUCCACCCAGCAACAUGGCAAAGCACAUGGCCCCCUUUCUCCUGCUUGUCCUCACCCUGGCAAGCUCAUCCCUUGCACUCCGAAAAAAGCUCCUGCUGUUCUUGAUUGAUGGGCUUCGCCACGAUUAUAUCAGCGACGAAGCACUGGAAUCCUUGCCUGGCUUCAGAGAGAUUGUGAACAGGGGGGUGAAAGUGGAUUACCUGACACCAGACUUCCCCAGUCUUUCCUAUCCAAACUAUUACACCCUGAUGACUGGUCGCCACUGCGAUGUCCAUCAAAUGACUGGGAACUACAUGUGGGACGCAAGUACAAAUGUGUCUUUUGAUAUCGGCGUGAAUCAGGAGAGCCUGCUGCCUCUUUGGUGGAAUGGAUCAGAGCCCUUGUGGGUCACUAUGAUGAAAGCAAAGAGGAAAGUCUUCAUGUACUAUUGGCCUGGGUGUGAAGUUGAAAUCCUUGGAAUUCGACCUACUUACUGUCUACCAUAUUACAGUGUUCCAACAGAUGGCAAUUUCUCCAAUGCUGUAGAUAGUGCUAUUGAGCUUCUGAGAAGCGGCAGAGCGGAUAUGGCAGCAGUGUAUUAUGAACGGAUUGAUGUAGAAGGUCAUCACUAUGGCCCCUCAUCUACUCAGAGGAAUAAUGCCUUAAAAGCAGUGGAUAACGUAUUGCACAAUAUGACAAAGCUUAUCAAGGACAAGGGCCUGCAGAAUGACCUGAAUGUCAUUCUUUUCUCGGAUCAUGGGAUGACUGACAUUUACUGGAUGGAAAAAGUGAUCGAGCUGAGAAAUUGUAUCAACAUGAGCGAUGUUAUACAAGUAAAGGACCGAGGUCCUGUUGUAAGCCUGUGGCCAGCCAAGGAGAAGCAGUCUGAGGUAUACAAUAAACUGAAAAAUGUGCCACAUAUGACAGUUUACAAGAAAGAGGAUAUCCCUGCUCGAUUUUAUUAUAAAGAAGGGAAAUUUGUCUCUCCUUUGACACUUGUCGCUGAGGAAGGAUGGUUCAUAGUGGAGAGCAAAGAAAAGCUUCCAUUCUGGGAGAAUGGAACUGGGAAAAGAGAUGCCUGGCAGAAUGGAUGGCAUGGCUAUGAUAAUGAGCUGAUGGAUAUGAGAGGAUUCUUCCUUGCAUAUGGGCCAGAUUUCAAGUCUAACUUCAGAGCUGCGCCAAUCAGAGCUGUUGAUAUUUAUAAUGUCAUGUGCAAGGUUGCAGGAAUACAGCCAUUGCCAAACAAUGGGUCCUGGUCGAGAGUGCAGUGUAUGUUAAGAAAUAAUGCCAGUUUGGCAACAUCAUUCCAGUGGAGCAGCUCUGCACUGGCACUACUUCUGUUUGUAUUGUUUGUAUAACAGAUCUUGUUACUCCGGUCCCAAUACAAUGUCAGUCAGUGUGUCCAGUCUUUUUUUUCAUUCAUCAUUUGAAUAGCAGCAUUAACAGAAUGCUGUCUGGGGUAAGAUUAUACAUAUGCAUUUCUGAAGCAUCAAACCCAGUUUCACGUGUUUAUCGGCACAAAGAAACCUUAUGUAAGCUUCUAGUUCUGGGGCAUGCACUACCAAUGAGGGAAAGAAGGAAUAUUUUCCAUGGUAUUCGUCUCCAGAUCCCUAACCAGCCUCUAGGUGAUACAAGCACAUGCUUAAGACUAAAACAGGCAUCCCCAAACUUCGACCCUCCAGAUGUUUGGACUACAAUUCCCAUCAUCCCUGACCACUGGUCCUGUUAGCUAGGGAUCAUGGGAGUUGUAGGUCAAAACAUCUGGAGGGCCGCAGUUUGGGGAUGCCCAGACUAAAAGGUCUACAUGAAAUCUAGCAAUUCUGGUCGUAUAAGUCUUCCUGGCUUUGCAUUUAUCUACAUUUAGAAGGUGUAUGGAAAGCUCCAUUUGCUGACUAGACAGCCACCCCCACUUAGGCUAUCCCUUAAGCCAGGUGUGGGCAGAAUUCAGGCUCGAGGGAUCUACUCCACUUGUAUCCCCCACUUCCACCUUUAAUAUCAAGAUCCAUCAACCUGAGCCUGGUGCAAAAGAUUCUGAACUCAGCGUAGUACCAGAACUGAACU